UUGCGCUUCCUGAAACUUUUCCAGAACGCGUCCCCGGCCCGUCCUCGCAAGUAUGUGACAUGUGAAAACAUCAUAUCGGUCGCCUCAUCUGCUCGAUUGCCGCUCGUACACGUUCGGCCUCCUUAGAUGAUGCCGUACGCAAUUCCUUGAAACUCAUCGCAAACUCAAAUGAUUGUCGCAAAGAUGCGAGGACUUACUCGUAGCGGUGUAAUGUCGCGGCCGAGAUUCGAGACUUCUCGCCUACUUCGACCCGCUUGUAAUGAGUUUUUGAUGAAGACGAAUUGCGAACCGCGGCAGGGUAUUUGAUGGUCCGUGAUGCAUUAUGGGUCAGCAACAAGCAACUGGGUAGGCUGUCCGUUUAUGAAGUGGAUGCUCAAUAUAUAACACAGACUCCCUCAAACUCCAUGGGCAAAAACAGACUAUAGUAUUGAUCAACCAUAGCAAACAUGCCUUCAGUACAGUUCUAUCUUCUGGGCCAGGAUCUUACCACGGGGCAUGAGAUCGAGGUCGACUCAAGCGCAGUAUCUGACUAUGAGUCGCUUCGUCUCUUGGUGGCAGGAUACUUUGCUAUCCUGGAGCCGAGUGGCAUCGACUUUUCCGUCGAUGGAAACACCCUCACCGAGGUGUCAGAGGUCAUCAGCAGUCAACAACCAGUCGCAAUCACGAUAGACGGCAAGCAGGUCAGAGAAGUGCCGGGUCCUAAAGGCUUUCCUUAUAUCGGCAACUACUACGAAAUCUACCCCGACCAUCUCGGUAACAACCAGAGACUUUUCGAUACAUAUGGUCCUGUCUUCAAGACGACCAAUUUUGGCUCAACCAUCUAUCAGACUAACGACCCUGUGAUCGCCAACCAUGUCUUCAACGAAAACGGAUUCUUUACCAAACAGAUCACACCCGAACAUCCGCUUUUCGGUAUCAUGGAUCAAGAAGCAGGCUUGUUCCUCGCAGAUACAGAUACUGAAGCCUGGAGACUUACGCACAAAUUCCUUCCUCCAGCUUUCUCCCCAAAGGCCGUCCGUCACUACAGCCCAAAGAUGCAGCAGACUGUAGAGUCGGCGUAUAAGGUCUUUGAUCAACUGGAUGAGCAAGGCGAUGCAUUCAACGUAUAUCUGUACAUGCUGAAGCUCGGCUCUCAAGCUGUUGGUCAACUUACUCUGGGGCUCGAUUUCAACCACUUCUCCUCGGUCUAUGCGCCAAUGCACAAGAUGGUACGCGACAUUGCGGAACUCUUGGAGUUGAACAAGAAGGUUUCUACCAUGGGAUCGUGGUACUCAUAUCUGCCUUUCGGCGACCCGGCAAAACUGCGACACGUCAGAAACGAACUUGAGCACCAGAUGGAAGCUGCUAUCGCUGCAGUGACUCCCAACGGUGUUGAAGAUUUGGACUUGCAGGAUGCAGCGCUCAAGGCAUCUUGUAUUGCGGAUUAUGCUGUUCGUGCCGUUGAUGGCCAAGGAGAGAAGCUACCUAAACGCUACCUCAGCCACUCAAUCAUGGUAGCCACAGCAGCCGGUUUCACAACUACCUCAUCGCUUCUCUCAUGGCUUAUUUACGGAUUGGUCACCUACGAGGGCAUGCAAGAACGUCUGCUGCAGGAGCUCAUCGAUAAUGACAUCGACGAAGACACCGUACUUGACGCCGAUCUCAUCGGCAAGCUCCCUUUCCUGGACAAGUAUGUCAAGGAAAUGCAGCGCAAACACAACCCCUCUUACCAGCCCGGCCGCACAGCUCAGCACGAUCUAAUCCUGCCAGGUGGUUAUAAGAUUCCAAAGGGCGGCAUAUGUAUCCCAGCCUUACAUCACAUCCACAACAAUCCCAAGCUAUGGGACAACCCGGCACGAUUCAACCCUGAUAGAUGGGACACAGAGGAGGUCAAGAACCGCCACCGGUCCACAUACAUACCCUUCGCCCAAGGACCUCGUGGCUGUAUUGGAUUCAACUUCGCUCUCCUGGAAGUUAAAAUCUUCCUGCCCAAACUUGUUUACCGUUACCACUGGUCAAAAGCCGAUGAUGAGGCUGUCGAGUAUGAUCCCUUCUUCCAGCUUAUCCGACCUACAAACUUCAUGGCACGUGCGGAGAGAAGAGUCAAGUGGCCAGCAAAAUCUGCUUAG